UUUCGCACAUAUGUAUGCGCCAAUUGUAGUAUAUCACAAAAUUGAAAUUCUCAAAUACUUAUUCCCCAGCAGUUGGACGAUGCGGACGUACCGUAGCCACAGAGCCGUUAUAAGCGUUACUAAUAUUACAAAAUUAUUCGCAAAAGUUUUAAAAAGGAAAUGAACGCGCAGUGCAAAAGCAGACUCAACAGCUCCAACUUAGCGGUGAUUUGUGAAAAUUCAGUGUGAAUUCAGUGUAACCUGAGUGCGAAAGUGUGGCAAGCAACGCAGCAAGCGAAACACGUUCGAAAGUUUACUUUUAGUAUAUUUUUUUUGUAAAUUUUUGAAUCAAUACAGUUUAUGUGAUUUUCUUAUAAAGCACGCGUCAAACAACUUUUAACUUUAACUAAGUGUAAACGCAUUGAACUGGCAAAACGCAUAAGAACGUAUGCUCGAACACCCUUUAGGGGAAUGCCGCAUGCAUGAAGGCAUGGAGAUCACUUUGAGCCACUAAUGCUGCUACUUAAUACAAGUAUCCAUCCACUCAUAUUGAGCUGACAAUUUCGUGGCAAAGCUAUUCGCAAAUAACUUUUUCGUUCACGUACAGAGUUUCCUUCUUGGCAAUCCGUCUCUGCUUGUAUAAGUUGAGCACCGCAUCCUUGACUGCGUCGCUGCUUGGAUUCAAAUUCUUUUUAGUAUUUUUUACUUUUGGUAUACAUAUCCGUUGUGACACAAGAUGCAUUCGACUGCUAGCAAAGCGUCAGGAUUCAUUGGCCUGAUGAUUGUGCAAAUAAUUUUACUUGCACUCUUCUGGUUGUUCGUGCGCUACAGCGAUGAAGCAUUGCCAAGCGAUGAAGGCAAAGUAUUAGGCGAACAACACGUUUCCAAAUAUCCGCAUUUCCAAGAUGUACAGGUGAUGAUCUACAUUGGCUUCGGCUUUUUAAUGACAUUCUUGCGCAAAUAUGGUUAUAGUGCAACUGGAUAUACAUUAUUCAUGACCGCGCUGGUUAUACAGUGGUGUAUUCUGGUUAAAGGAUUCUUUCACAUGGAAGAUGGGAAAAUAGGCUUAUCGCUGGUGAGUAUAAUUGAUGCAGAUAUUGCAGCUGCUGUUCCAUUGAUUAGUAUGGGUGCCUUAUUGGGUCGUACCACACCAAUUCAAUUGCUAUUCAUGGCUCUCAUAGAAAUUGUGCUGUUCGCGGCAAACGAAUAUGUCGCUUUGAAUAUAUUUAGUAUCUGUGAUGUUGGUGGUUCAAUUACAGUGCAUGCCUUCGGUGCAUACUUUGGCUUGGCUGUUAGUCUAAUGUUGCGCCCGGGCAAGGACCAAAACGAAGCAGGCAAAUACGAAGGAGCCAAUUAUGCAUCGGACAUCUUUGCCAUGGUCGGUACAUUGUUCCUGUAUGUGUAUUGGCCAAGCUUUAAUUCAGUGUUGGCCGAUGGCAAUGGCCAAGAGCGUGCCAUACUCAACACGUAUUUAUCAUUAGCAGCGGCAACAGUUACAACAUUCAUAGUGUCAGCACUUGUUAGUCACGAGAACAAAUUGGAUAUGGUGCAUGUACAAAAUUCAACAUUGGCUGGCGGUGUUGCCAUCGGCACUGUUUGUAAUUUACUAGUUGGAUCGCAUGGCGCUAUAUUAAUUGGCAUCAUUGCCGGCUGCAUUUCGGUGUUGGGUUAUCGUUACCUCACGCCCCGCAUAACAGCUGCGCUCGGUAUCCAUGACACUUGUGGCGUUCACAAUUUGCAUGGCAUGCCAGCCGUUUUAUCAGCCAUUGCCUCAGCUAUUUUUGCCAAUUUUGUAACGCAAGAAAAUUACAAAUCCGAGUUGGGUGCAAUAUUUCCAGCUAUGGUUGGCGCAACUGAGAACAGCAACUCAACAAUUAUACUUGGGGGCUACAACCGCACUGCCUCAACUCAGGCUGGCUAUCAGCUUUGCGGCAUUGCAGUCACCUUGCUGGUUGCCAUUGUUGGUGGUGUUUUAACAGGCGCUGCACUUAAAUACACCGGCGUGCGCAAAUUACAGAAGGAUGAACAGCAUCAGGAUGAGCUGUUCUGGGAGGUGCCCGAAAAUAAGGAAGACUAGUAAAGUGAAAUGUUCGAGUUGUAUAAAUUUUUGUAAUGUAUUUUUGAAAACAUUCAAGAGCUUAGAUUAAGAAUUUUCACAUUUUGGGUAUUCACACCUUCCGGGUGUAUGUAUUUUGUUGUUGGUAACUGAAAAAAAUAUAAAACACCUAAAUAGAUAGCCCGAUAACCAGCAACGUGUGAAUACCGCUAUUAUGUAUGUACUAUUAGCUCGCACCGCCGUUUUUUUUAGUUCGCUUAAGUUAUGCUUUUGAAAUGCUAUUAGUUGUUGUUAGAUUUUUUAAUUUUUUUCACUGUUUGGUGCUUGAAUUACUAUGUAUAUACAUUUACACAAACCUGUAGAACAAAAUCGAAUAGCAAACACUUAAAACACAA